UUUUUCCAGAUCUGACGAGCUCAAUUUAAUUGAUUCGGGGUUUUUCCCUUCCGGGUUUCUCUCCCGCCGCAAAAACAGCGGUUGCGCCACCGCGCCAAAUGCAGCAAAACGAAAACAGACGGCAAGAAGCAAAAAGAGAAAAGGAGAAAAAAGGAGCGCAGGAAAUAAAAUCGCCGAAAGGGAAAGACAACUGGCAGAAAAGAAAAAGAAGAGGGAGGCUUUUCACACCCGUGCACCGGAAAGAAUCCCGGAGAGAAAGGCACGUGACUGACUGCCAUGCGAGCGUACGUGCCCGCAGGCCUCUUCACCCCAGGAAAGGGCUCCGGAUCGGUCGAGCUCGCCGGCUCGAGAGACACCUUUUUUCAUCAUGGAAAUUUCAUUUCGAGUCGAUUGCAGAUGACGAUACCAACGACAAACUCGUUUGGGCCUGAACCACCCCGCAAGAUCCUCCGCUUCGCUCGUCAACAUCAACAAUGCUCUCCUUCAGAAGCGUUGGCCAGUGCCGUGCCUUCUCCACGAACUCCGCCGUUCUGGCGGCUGCGGCCACCAGAAAAUCCUUCAACAAGAAGUCCUCCUACGAUAAGUCCAAGAACAAGAAGGGCUCCGGUAACGACAAGACGUUCAAGGCUUCUGUGCUCACGAAAAACUACAAGAAGCUGGCCCUCAAGGCCGAUGAAAACCUCAUCAAGGAGCUGCCUUCCAUCGUGGCGGAGAACAAAGACACCAUCAAGAACUCCUUUGUCAAGUACCCCUCCGAGUCGAUCCAAAAGCUCCACAUCGCGGGCUCGUUCAAGCCAGACCAGUACAACGAGCUGUACUCCCAGCCGCUGACGCUGUUCCGUGCUGUGGAAGACUCCAGGCUCCUUGAGAUCGUCAACCGGAACGGAUCGAGCGCAGAAAGCAGAUACAUUGUCAACGGACACUCCGGUAUCGGGAAGUCCACGAUGCUGGCUCAUUUCCAGGCCUUUGCCCUUGCACACAACAACAGCGGUGCAAUUCUGUUCCCCAUCUCCAAUGCAGACCUCUUGGUGGACGGCUCGUCCGACUUCAAACUCAACCCGCUCACAAAGAAGUACGACCAGCCUAUGUACUCUCGCACCUUCAUGAAGAAGUUCGUCAACCUGAACGCCGAAAGCUUGGCCAAGAUACCUCUUUCGGGCGAGAUCACGCCCCUCACCAACAUGUACAAAGCUUCCUCCCACAAAGUCUCAGGCACGUUGCUGGACCUCGCCAACCACAUCCUGAAAGCCUCUCCCAUCGAAUCGAAUACCACUUUUGCGUUCACCGUCAUGCUCGACGAAUUGUCCAAGCAGGAUAAACUACCAGUAUACAUGACCAUAGACAACUUCUCCGCAUUCAUCCAGCACGGAAUGACCAAAUAUAGAGAUACCGAGAACCGUAGAAUUUACUUUCAAAAUUUCACCAUCGCAGACACCUUACUCCAGUAUGUCUCCGGUGAAAAGUCUUUCAAAAAUGGAGCCAUAAUGGUUGCAACCCAUGGUAACCACAGACUACAAAGGAACGGUACGUUGGAUGUACUUGUCGGUGACAAGCCCAUCGAAGACUUCGCUUAUGCUAAGUUCAAAGAUUUCGACUACAAACUUGCAAACAGAUUGCUACAGAACAACGGUUUACAGAAAUUCAACGUGUCGAAAUUCAAUUUGGACGAAUGCAAGUCUUUGGUCAGCCAUCUUCUCAAGUUCAACCUUAUCCACAACGAAUACGACUUGGAGAAUCAACUACUCUCUGGUAACCUAGACACCGUGAUCCAAAGAAUUGCUUCUCAAAAAUACCUUGUCAGCGGUAACGGUAUCCCUAAGUUGGUUAUGGACUCAUGCAUCCUUUCUUACGCUUGAAGAUCUCACGUAAUAAUUCCCUUUCUAUACACUUCCACCCCCCCUGUAAAUAUAUAUAGAUAUGUAUAUCUGCACACAAACAAAUCAAUUAUAUUUGUAUGUAUUAUUCCAUUC